AUGCCCAGAGCUGUCCGCGGUCUACUGAUCGAGUGCGAUCCGUCGAUCAAAGCCAUGAUCCUCAAGUACGAUGAAGAGCGUCAUGACUACAUCGUGGAAGAUCUAGAUGACGAAAAUCACCUUGUCAUCAAGGAAAGCCAGCUUGAGAAUCUCAAGGCUCGUUUAGAUCAUGACCUUGACGAGAAGAUCAUGCAACUCGACGAGUCCGAGUCUGAGUAA